CAACAGAAAUACUUUGCAGUUUGCAUUUUACGUUUAUUAUCAUUAUCAAUUAUUUUAUCGUAAGUUUGCAUUAAUUGCACUACUAACCAUGGAGGGUGACACAUUAAACAAGAACAUCCUUCAGAGUCCAGCACUUCUUGAGUACAUCCUGAAAACGAGUGGCUAUCCAAAAGAGCACGAGCAAUUGAGGUUACUCAGAGAAACCACCGUACAAAAGUACAAGGAAGAUAUGAGUUAUCUGAUGAAUGUGCCAGUGGAUGAAGCGCAGUUCAUGUCGAUUCUUCUUAAAAUCAUGAAUGCGAAGAAAACACUCGAGAUUGGAGUAUUCACUGGUUAUUCUCUUCUUGCUACAGCUCUUGCUCUGCCUGAUGAUGGCAAGAUAACUGCAGUUGAUGUAGAUAGAGAUGCCUACGAGGUUGGGUUGCCCUUCAUUCAGAAGGCAGGAAUGGAGCACAAAAUUGACUUUAUCCAUGGUGAUGCAUCAUCAGUCCUCAAUGAUCUUCUCGCUGACAAACAAGAAGAAUCAUUUGAUUAUGUAUUUGUGGACGCGGACAAGGCAGAAUACAUUAAGUAUCACGAGCUGCUUCUGAAAUUGGUGAAGAAGGGUGGAAUUAUUGCAUACGACAAUACCUUAUGGUAUGGUUCAGUGGCCAUGCCUGAGGAAAACGUAAAAGAAGACAUCAUAAGGAAGAAAAGAACGCCUUUGAUUCAAUUCAACAACUUCAUCGCAAACGAUGCUCGCUUGGAAUCAGCCAUUGUUUCACUUGGGGACGGCAUAACCUUCUGUAGACGUCUGUGAUUCCUUCACAGUGAAGAGAGAUCAUAAGGACAAUUGGGACAUCAUAUUAU